UUAUUUGGAUGAGAUGAAAGUGACGGUUUGCUUUGGCAAGACGGGGAUUGUGGUGCCCUGUAAGGAUGGACAGAUCCCGGUUAGAGACUUAACACAGCAGGCUCUCCAGAGAUACCUGAGAACCAAAGAAAAGGACCCUUCGUAUUGGGUGAAUAUUCACCAUCUGGAAUACACAGAUGGAGGAAUCCUGGACCCAGAUGACAUCCUGGCAGAUGUUGUGGAAGACAAAGAUAAGUUGAUUGCUGUGUACGACGAGCAAGAGUCAGUCUCCAACUCUGAGGACCCCAGUGCUAGCUUGACGAAUGGAAACAGCCCCAAUGCUUUCGAGACGGAUGUAGCUGCCCAGCUGGCUGCAUUUCAGCCAAUCAGAGGAGAGAUUGAAGUGACGCCCUCCGCUUUGAGACUGGGGACACCGCUUUUGGUGAGAAGGAGCAGUGAUCCUGCCCUAGGCCCACCUGUCGAAUUUGUUGCAGGAGCUUUGAAUGCCCAUGACCACGUUCUGAAGACAUCCGUGACAGGUUUGACCCCCUCGUCUUCAGAAGAUUGGGACCUUGCUGCACACAGCGAAGUGCUGGCAUCUCAGAAAACAAAAUUCAUUUUCAAUGGUUUGACAAGAGCGGUAGAGAUUUCCGGGGAAGGUGGCCCACUGGGGAUCCACGUGGUACCAUAUAUUUCAUCAUUAAGUGGAAGGAUUCUAGGGCUUUUUAUCCGUGGCAUUGAGGAGAACAGCCGAACUAAGAGGGAUGGACUUUUAUUUGAAAAUGAGUGUAUUGUGAAAAUUAACGACACAGAACUUGCAGAUAAAACCUUUGCACAAGCGCAAGAUAUCUUUCGGCUAGCCAUGAAAUACCAGACGAUCCUCUUGGAAGUGGUUCCUCCACACAGCCGUGAACAAUAUGAAAAGUCCGCCAUCGCACCUUUAUAUCCGGCAGAUAACAUGGAGCAAGUCUCAAGGGCAAAGGUUCCGCCUCCCAUCUAUCCAAAGCCAAUGGCGAGGGAAGUGGACUUGUCCGGAACAAACCAUCUGGAGUCUGCUGUGCAUCCUGCCAAGAGUCCCAGCUUUUCCAGAGUUGGUAGGAAGCCAUCAUCACCCACCUUAUCGCCCCUGAUGGGUUUCGGCAGCAAGAGGAAUGCAAAAAGGAUAAGGAUAGAUCUCAAGAAAGGCCCCGAAGGACUUGGCUUCACUGUGGUAACCAGAGACUCUUCAGUUCACGGUCCCGGUCCUAUAUUUGUGAAAAGCAUUUUACCCCGUGGCGCAGCAGUUAAAGAUGGCCGCUUGCAGUCAGGAGACAGAAUACUGGAGGUGAACGGUAGAGACAUCACUGGCAGAACCCAGGAGGAGCUUGUCGGUAUGCUGAGGAGCACAAAGCAAGGAGAGAUCGUCUCCCUCACCAUUGCUCGCCAGGAGGAAAGUUUUCUGCCCAGAGAACUGAAAGGAGAACCCUACUGCAGCGUUCUUUCGCUUGACACCACAGAGCAAUUGACCUUCGAGAUCCCUCUGAAUGACUCGGGUUCGGCCGGACUUGGUGUGAGCUUAAAGGGCAACAAAUCUCGAGAGACUGGGGCUGACCUUGGGAUUUUCAUCAAAUCCAUCAUCCACGGAGGUGCUGCUUACAAGGAUGGACGGCUGCGAAUAAAUGACCAGCUGAUUGCAGUGAAUGGGGAAUCCCUGCUUGGAAAAUCCAAUCAUGAAGCUAUGGAGACCUUGAGGCGUUCCAUGUCCAUGGAAGGAAACAUUCGUGGAAUGAUCCAGCUAGUGGUUCUCAGAAGGCUGGAUAGGCAAACAGACGCAGAGCCUGCUGUACCAUUUCCAAAACUGGAGCUUGAGGGAAAUGUUAAUUCUACAACCAUCCCGAGACGGAGUGAUGCUGCUGUGCAGUGUUUCGUAUCAUGCCGCCCUCAGGAGAGGUUGAAAGAGCUUCAUACAUCUGAGAGCGGCAUUGCUGAAAAUGAAAUCCCACCCCCUUUGCCUCCACAUCCUUCUGAUGAACUGCUUGCAGAUUAUAAUCAAAGCUCAGUAGCAGAUUCAGCAACAUACUUACGAGAUCAGCACAUCAACUUCAGAUCUUUGACACUGGCCAAGCAGACAGAAUCAAUUAAUCUGAAAGCCUCCAAAAGCAUGGAUCUUGUGCCAGAUGAAGGCAAUGUUUGCUUGUUGACUGAACAUAAACUAGUGUCUUCUGGAAAGGACAUUGGUCCCACCCUGGGUUUAAAGAAGUCAAGCUCUCUAGAGAGUCUUCAGACUGCUGUUGCUGAAGUGAAAAAGAACGAGCUUCCUUUCUAUAGGCCCAGACCUCACAUGGUCCGUGGCAGAGGGUGCAAUGAGAGUUUCCGAGCUGCUAUUGACAAAUCUUAUGAUGGACCUGAAGAUAUGGCAGAAGAUGGUCCGUCUGAUAAAAGCUCUCUCUCAGAUCAGGAAGCUCAUAACUUUGAAUCAGCCCUUCACAUGAAGGUUGAGUUAGAGGAUGUGGAAGCCAAGGCAAAGAAACACAAGAAGGCAAAAGAGAAAAUGAAAGAUAAGAAUAAAAAAGCAAAUCUGAAGCUCAAAUCUAAAACAAAAGAAAAGGACAAGAAGGAAGAAAAUGAAGACCCAGAAAGGAAAACAAAGAAGAAAGGUCUGGGUGCCAUGUUGAGGUUUGGCAAGAAAAAAGAGGAGAAAGGUGCCAAAGGGGAUCAGAAGGGAAACUCCAAGCAUGGCACGCUCAGAGAAGAGGACCUGGAAAAGAUGAAGGAGGAGCGGGAAAGGAUUGGUGCGAAGCAUCAGGAGCUGCGGCAGAAGCAGGCCAGGGGGCUUGCCGAGUAUUCCCCUGGCCCCGUGGGCCCUCCGCCUGAUAUUGACGACGACGAGACAGACCCCAAUUACGCACAAGUCAAUCACUUCCGAGAAAUGUAUCCACCUGCCAGUCCUUACAGUCCGUCUUCUCCACCUGUGUCAGAAAACUUUGGGUGUGACAGCCCUCCGGUGCCAGUGGACAGGGACCACCUCGAAGGACUGUAUGCGAGGAUAAACAAGCCGCCUCAUCACCAUGCUCCUGUGGAGAGUGACCAUCCAGCUGUUGGGACUGCAGACCGCAUCCAGAAGUUACGGAAGGAGUACCAUCAAGCAAGACGGGAAGGCUUGCCUUUCUACGACGAAGAGGAGGGCAGAGGAAGGCCAUCUGAUUAUGAUCAGCACUGGGUGCCUGGAAAAACUCCAGAUGGGACUUCGCACCAUCUCCAGUUUGAGGGAAGAGAAAGACAAUAUGCCUCCUUGCCCAGGCAUGGACCCAUAGAACCCAUGGAGUAUAUAGCAGGACAACGGGUGAUGUACAAAGACAGAGAUCUUCCUUACUACCAAGCCGGCCACCCGCCAGUACACCCCUCCAAAGGGAGCUAUGCUCACCCACAAGAUGGCCCAAGGGCAACAGAGUUCUGGUAUCCUGAGUGUGGUCUCCCACAACAACCGGUAGGCCAGCACAAAGGACCCCUCCGCCAAGAUGUGCCGCCCUCUCCUCCUCAAGGCCACAGGGGGCUGCCUUAUCAUGAAAUGGGCAGACUCGCUCAUCGCCGAGCCGGCCCGGAUCAGUACCAAUACAGGCAUCAAGAUCCUAGGCAGAAGGACCCCAUGACGGCGGCUGUAUAGCCUAAAGCCAGACACCUGUUGAUAGCUCACCUUGCAGCCGUUACCACUGAUCUUGCCUAUCGCAGGGGAGAGAUGUCGUUUGAGCCUGUCCACCUGGCACCCAGGACACGUUCGUGAACAUAACUGCGAGCUCGCAAAAAGCGGUACAGUGACUUUGGGAGCCACCAGUGUAUCCGAGUGUGUGUUUUAACGCUUCCUCAAACGUAGAAGGUGGCAGGUGAAGAGGAAGCAGAAUUUCUUCUAAGCACACAUUAAAAGUGCCACUCAGGGCUGUUGGCAACUAACUACACAAGCACAUGCUAGGUGCCCACAUUGCAGGGAACUAUUUUGGACAUUGUUUCAGAAAGAGUAUUCUCUGGGUGCCACUGUGUGUGCCCCCAGCAUGGCAGAGCCUCCUUUUCUAUGACCUCUGAUUGGAGAAUUAUUUUAAGAGUGGAGAUGGGCUCACGGUGUGUCCUGACAUUUCUCUCUGUUGUCCUAGGGAAAUACUGUUUUGCUCUCAUCCCAGUAAUGUUUUUUAAUUGCCCCUUCAGAUACUCAGUUUUUCUGUCCUCCUCUUCAGUUUUUCACUUUGUCACAUGGAGGCCCUUUGGAGAAUCUUACUUGCUCUCCACAGUUGCCAACUCAGAGACGAAAAGGCUGUAGGGAGGGUGGCAGUGCCGAUGUAAGACAAGUUGCCCCCAGCACCCAAUUUUGCAGGUGUGAUAGCGGGAGUCUGUCCCUCCCAAACAAACAAUACAAGCACCCCGACUAUCCUUGCAUUGGCUUUUGACUUCAAAGUGUCUCCUGUGAAGGCUAUUCUUCUUCAGAUCCCACCCCAGGGAGGAAGGUCAGGGGGUACCAGAGCCCCUGUUGCCUGGCAGAAAUUCUGCAGGUGAGCCGGUAGCAAGGGAGGCUCCUUUUUAAAAAAAAAUGGUGGAUUAUCAGAUGGUCAUUUUAACAAAGAAGACAAAGCCACACCAGAGGAUCAGAGAUACAGAAUAAAAAUAGUGUUUUAAUGAAUUCCAAUCAUGUUCCAACAGUGAAGGUGGAGGGGAGGAAGCUCAGGUGGUCCCUGGCUCUCCUCUGGCUUCCAUUUCUGAGGGAGAUGGUCCUGUCUGCAGGUUAUUGACUGCGGGGACGUGGGGGGUCUUUUUGGUUCUGUUUAUUUUUAGUUGCCACCCUGCCUAACAAAGCCUCUGAAACUUUGAUGAGCUAGGAAUUCUGAGCAGCUCCAGCAUCGUUUUUUUAACAUCCCCCCUUUCUUUAAAAAAAAUCACCCUUUCCUUUGGUUGGAUGCCUUUCAAGGCUAUUUAUUCCAUAGCCCUUUUCCUUUCAAGGGAAAGACCUUGGGGCCUGGCCACAGAAGGAGCUGUUGGGUUUCCUUUUUGGUAUGCAGCAAAUUAACAGGAUUCAUUACACAGGUCGUCUCAUAAUUAUUAUAUAUUGCACGGAGGGGUCAUCUACCAGGCACAGCCAUUUAUCAUUUACCCUUUCUGAAAUGGCUUCAUUAUACCCGGCGGCCUCUAGAGACUUGGCGCUUAGUGAAUCUGUCACACACACAAAUUUGUGUUGCUGCCUUUGAAAAGACGAGCUCCUCCGUCGCCCAUGAAAGGUUCUAUGGUGUUGUAUUGAACCCACUGGCCUAACAUUGUUGUCCCAAGUAUUAAUAUUCAUAUAAGUAAUUGAUUUUUGUUUGUUUGUUUGUUUAAUAUAAAAAGGAACAAAACCCAAACACAACAGCCUCAGAUUUAAAGUCCCUGAGUAACAAAUAGCAGGGUUGGAUCCAAGGUUGUGCGUCUCAUAGCCAUCACUAGGUCAUUUACUCUCUAGGCAGGACUAAGCAGGAAACAGUUUAGUGAGGACAAUUGUGUUUCUACCAUUAAUUCUAACAAGAAAACGUCACCAAGGAAUGACUUUUCCCUGUAAUUAUUCUCAGACUACUUGUUCCUAAAAUGGCAAAUACAUAUUAUAGCCAUGUAAAAGGCCACUAUCUUAUUUCCAGCAGAUGAAUUUCAAGUGGCUGUGAAUAAAUAAGCUGAGAGGCUGAUAUUUUGGGGAAAUGUAUCUGUAUAAAAUACCCUUAAAUUUUGUCCAGUCCACUUUUAAAUGAGCAGCUAAGUUCCUCCCCUUAACAUUUGCAGGCUUAAGUAGUAAGUAGAGUGUGAACCGGUCGAAUUGUUUACUCCUUGCUAAGCCUAAGUUCCUGUUGAAUAUCUUGUUUCAUAUCUGAACCGAGGUAAGAUACCACAUGGAAGACAGGAAAUAGUGGCCUGUUGUGAUCACUGGUGUAUCCAAACUCGAUCAAUCAUGUUAAAAUGUUGCCUUCAUUCUUCUGUCCUGGUUUGUGGCUCUUUGGCGGAGGAAGGACAAAGCACUUCCUUGUUUCUCAAACUUGGGGUCCCCAACUUUUGUUGGACUACAAUUCCCCUCAUCCCUGACCGCAGGUCCUGCUAGCUAGGGGUGAUGGGAGCUGUAGUCCAACAACAGCUGGGCACCCAAGUUUGAGAAACCCUGGAUGCAGUUCAUUAUGGAAAAAAAUAGAUUGCUUCCUGCCUUCUAUGGCCCUGUAGUCUGUGCCAGCCAUUGGGGGGGUGUUUACAGCUUCACGUGCAACAGUGAAAGUUACCCCAAAAGUGUGACGUUUUUAAGUCACUUAAGAGUGCCCAAUGGCUCACGAAUGAUAUGAUCCAGGUCAUCUAACCCAGCCUGUGGGAGAAUUCUCUGUGAUGAAAUUCUCCUACUUUAUCCCUUGCCUUGUGAACUCUUUUGAAGAGCAUGGAGGUGGACACUCAUCUCAGGUGUGUGCAGGCAAUCAUUUAAUUGAGAUAAGCUUCAGCUUUGGAUCUGAAGCAAGAUUGAUAUUGAGAAGGCCGCUCUCAAACAACCACCCCCAUUCCUUUCCCCUUUGGUGUGUAGUACAAGUGCUUCCCCCUCAAUGAUUUCUGUAAAAUAGACCACAUAUGUAAGACAGACAAAAUAGGCAGGUGUUCAAGGAGUGCAGAAAGGCUACUAGGAGUGAGAUGGACAUUUUAAAAUGCACUUUGUACAAAUAUAACCUACGAUACAUUGGAUCCUUCAAUGGAAGAAGCUAAUGUUGAUGACAGUGGCUUUAUCUCGAGCCUGAUCACAAUUAAGGGGAGCUUUGGAAGAUAAGCUCCUGCCUUAUAAAUCACCUGCCUCCUAACCCCUUUCUGGUGCCAUUUCAUUCCCAUUCACAGAGAUAACUGACAGCAUUUCAGGAGCUAGGGAUAAAUCCAAAUUGAAUGGAAAGAGCCUGCCUGGAUUAUUUAUGGCCUUUGAAGGUCCUGCUCCGUUGUUUUCCAUGUAACAUGAAACACCCUUCUAAAACUCGCAGUGGCUCCAUUUGGUAGGACAAGGCAGGUCAAAAGACGGCCCUUCUCAGCUGUUAAUCUUAGCCAAUGGGGUAUUCAACUACACUUCUGCUGUCAAAGCUAUAGGAGACUUUUCCUCCUUUUGGAGGAAAAAAAUAGAUGCAGUACUAUAUAGAUGCUUCAUGCUUUGCUGAAAGGAGCAAAAACUCCUGGCCUGGUUUGGGGGGGGGGGACAGGAGCAAAGGAAACUGAAUGGCACCCCCAUCAGUCUGAAAUGCCCCCAUGAUUCUAAAGGGGAGGGAGAGGAGCUGGCUGCUUUAAGUGACUCACAGAAGGGUGGGGGCGGAUGUGUGUGUGUGUGUGUGUGUGUGUGUGCGUGCACAUGCAUGUAUAUGUAUAUAUAUCCUGCUUCUCUGGAAUAACGCAAAACAAACUAUCGGCACCAUAUUGCAGACAAAUGUGUAGCACACACAUAUAUCACAAGGUGCUGUAGCUGGUGGAUCAAAAUAUCUAUCACUUGCGCACACACAACAAUUCCACACGAGCCAUUAAGAAAACAAGUUGCUCUUUUCUCGCAUGCGCCCGUAUGUUUGCGAAUAUUAAUGGAUCUGAGAGAGUUCUUUUCUAUUCACAAAGGCCUCGUGUGCUAAAUGUCUAUGACAACGUGCCAAUCCGACAGAAGCCAUUCAUUGCAAGUGAAUUUGGGUUGCUCUGACCUGCCCCUGUGGGUUGCAUUUUCACACGCAAGUUCAAAAAUGGGCAUCAAUGCGCCUGUUGAUUAGGUUUGCUGUGUCGGCCCCACCCUAUGAAGGAGAGAGGUGCCUCCUACCGCAGCCCCAAUUUCCCCUUGUUUUAGAGAUGUAGCCAGAAGAGCACUUGCAAAACGAAAAGCUCAGGCCAACCAAUAUCUAUGGAUGUCCAGAUUCAUGCCUGUAUCCUGACAAGAGGUAGGGAGAGAAUGUCCAAUCAUAAGGCACAAAUAUGAGCUGCACAAGGCAUCUAUACCUUCCCACCUUAUGAGAACUUAACCCCCCAAAGGGCUAAGAAGGAGCACAUUGCAGUUGCUAGCCAACUGUGUGAUGUGCUUUCUUCAAAGGCUGGCUCUUCAAAGGACAAAAGGCUCCCUUGUGAAGAGGGGCAAAGGUUUUGAGCAUGCCAGUGGGGGAAACCGUAAGGACAGCACAAGGGAUGGGGGCUGCAUAAAGCUGGUUUCAGACCAAGCAGUCAAAACAGCUAGAUACAGCUUUGUACAUUUAUUCCCCGAGUGCUGAGCUGGCUUAGGUAUUGCAUUUGGAACAGAAGCCUGGCUGAAAGCCCGCUGAACUUACUGGAAACAUCAGUGUACUUUGGAGCAAAUUCCUGUUCCAUUUUUUUAUUCUAUUUUACUUUUGUUACAAAAAAUUGAUUUGACGCGUUAACUGUUGAGUGACUGGAUGGUCCAUGCAGACACCCAACAGUUUCCUGGACCAUCUGUUGACAUUAUUAGCUCAUGGACAGAGGAUCAACUCUGACUGCAGCAACUGAAAAGGCCGAGUAGUCCAAAAGAAACCAAGGAGAGGUCCUGGGAAGUCAGAUUUCCAGAUUCUCUUCCAAGCCCCCACAUUCCAAGUGCUACCCUUAGCCAGAUAUAAAGCUUCACGUGCUGCCUAAUCUUUGUAUACUGUUGAAAUGCUACCUCCUUCCUUUCUGCCUUCUUAAAAACACUAGACAUUCCAGGGUAGAUGUGCUCUGGGGUGAACAUAUCCUCUCCCUUGUGGGAGCCAAGAUGCAUGUACAGCUUUCCCAGAUCAGGCUCUCGAGUAUAACUCUUUGCAAGAGCAUUCCAGCCAUCUGUGCACUUACUUGAGAGACGUUUGCCUCUCAGUGCAGAAACCAGAACCUUUUUCUUAUACAUAUAUAUUUUUAAUCCUUCAUUCACAAGACAUCAAUUUCAGAUUAUUUCUGGCGCAAUCCCACGAACGGUAAUGGGAAUUGCUCGUUUGCACACUGCUGUCCUUUUCUAUUCUUUCUUGUUGUUGCGCAUAUGCGCCUAUAUUUGUGUGUGGGUUUUUUUAAAUAAAAAAAAGUUUUAAAGUUUGGGAAAUUUAUUGGGGGGAUUUAAGAGAUCAUCUGGUACCACUGUUUCACUUUGUUUUGUUUUGUUACAUAUCACCAAUAUAAAUGCUGAACAGUUUUAUUUUGCAUUAAAAUAAAGGCUUUAAGAACAACUGCCAGGGGC